AUGGGUGCAACACCAAGAUCGGAAAUGAAGCUCUCAUCAACGGCAAAGGAACAAUCAUCAGCAGAUUCCUACUGCACGGAUCACACAACAAGCAUAAACUGGGUAUAUUUUGUUGGGACGCCACAAAAUCCAUCAUUGAGCAAUAUUUCUUGUACACUGAACAGGACAGAGCAAAAUCCGUGCUGGUCUUUCAAUGAAAUUUUUACACAUCUUUCAAUAGAUAUCCUUAACAGAUUACCAAAAUCAAAUUCUACUGAUUAUGUAUGCCUUAAUUACACUGUAACCAUCAAUGUAGUCAGUGACAUGGUUGAGAAUAGAGGUCGGCGUACAGCUUGUUACAACAAUCUUCCAGAUGUUGAUCUUACAGUGAACCGAGUGCAUAUUGCUUUGACAAUUACGAGUACAGAUGCUCUAACUCCCAAAGUCAUCUCUUGCUUUAAAGAGGAGAGGCACAUUCUUUCACAUCCACCAUUUCUAUUGGAGCCUCAACCAAUGACAUCAAUCAUUAUUGACAAUGUUAAGGUUCACAAUAUGUUUUUGCGUGCUCAUGGAAUACGCCGUACAAUUUUGCAAGACGUCAUUAUUCAGGACAACCAUGUGAACACUGACUUUUUCAAAGCUGAACACUCCAAGCUAAUUGAUUCUUCAAUCAUUUUACCUGAAACAGAUGAAGUAUUUCUUGAAAAUACGACAUUCUCUGGCGACUUGCUGAUCGAUGGCUGUAAAACAGUUUACAUCAAUAACCUAUGGUAUCAUGAGAACAAUAUGUCUCGUUUAAAAUUUACAAACUGUAACACGGUGCUUAUGGAGAACUCAAAAUUCCAUAUAGCACAACGUACUGCAAUCAUUUUUGAGACAACCAUCAAUGUUGCUAUUUCGUCGUCAGAGUUCGAAUACAUACAUACAGAGGAUGGUGAAGAAGACGAGUACACAAUCACGGUUUCCUUAGUAUUUAACAUGAAGAUUUUAGGGAGCGUGUUUAAAAACAAGAAAGGAGGUGGAUGGAUCAAGAUGGUUUCGGUAGGGAAAGUAUUUGCAGCUCUGACAGCUUCUAACAACACUUGUACAAAAGCAGAAACUAUCUUCUAUUUCUAUUUGUGCAAGAUUGUUGAAAUAUCGAAUUCCUUGUUAUCAAAUAACUCCGCAUCUCAUAGUGGUGCAAUGAUUGUCAUGAAAUCAGAUUCUGUCACUAUAGGUAACACAAUACUCGAUGGAAAUACUGCUAUCAAGAAUGGUGCAAUUUCUCUUGCAGAAAUUUGUGACACAAUUAGCGUUUAUAGCUCAGUUUUUACAAAUAAUCAUGCACUGAAAGGCAGUGGAGGAGCAAUGUCGGUACUUGGAGGCAGAAACAAGAUGUAUCUGAUGGACAACGAUUUUUCAAGUAAUGGAGCCAAAAUAUCAGGUGGUGCUUUGCAUGCCAUGCAUGUUCAUCAUCUGGAGAUUAGUUUAACCACUUUUCAGAGAAACACAGUAGAAUACAUAAUUCGUGACGACUCAUCAUUUUAUCUUUCGAGUGGAGGUGCAAUAUCCUUGUUCAAUUGCCAAGCGACAACAAUUACGGAUACCAAGUUUAUCAACAAUCAAGCAAACCGUGGUGGUGCAUUAUACACUGGAGAUGCUACAGCCAUUAGCGAUUCACUGUUCAAGAAUAACUUUGCAUUCGAUACUGGAGGAGCAAUAUUCUAUGCAAGUUCCUUUGGUAGUGAGUUUGAUUAUGUAAACCAAACACUCCCAGUUUUAUUGGACAAUGUGUUAAUGGAAGAGAAUAGAGCCGCAAUUUACGGCUCAAACAUUUCAUCACCAAUUGUUUCCUUUUCAGCGUCCAUUGUUGAAAAGAUGACAGACGGAGGAAUUUUCAAAUAUUAUCCAGGAGAGAAAAUGGUACUGCAAUUCAAUCACAUGCUCGACAGACAAGGAAACAAUAUUCCAGUGUUGUAUGAGUUACCCUCAAUCAAAAUUUCAGAUAACAACUUUGUGCUGGAAACAAAUUAUUCCAAGCACAAAGAAAACCUCAUUGAAAUUCAAAUAGCCAUUCAACAAACGAGCACGGUUGAUUUGACAAAUUACCAUGCACCAAUUUCCAUCAGCAUUUCUUUUUCAGAAACGAAUUUUUCUAUAGUCAUACCUUUUUUAAUUGACGAAUGUCCACAAGACUUUGUCGUCAGCUAUGGCAAAUGUGUGAGCGGAUUUCCACUAAGCAAGGUCAUUCCAGCCAUCGUUGCAACAUCUAUUGUAUUGACGUUUCUGGCCAUUGUUGGAGGUGCCUUUAUUUGUGUCUUUUGCGGUCUUUGCUCUUGGAAAAUGAUAAAAGUUGCAAGAGGUGUCUAUGUAAGACAAAGAUCUGAAAAAGAAAUUGAGGAAAAAUUAUUACAACAGAAUAUACCAAUUGAAGAAUAUGGUUCUGUGAACUCUGACGAACAUAAUAGGUCAGCUGCAACUCACAACAAUGAUUACUAUAUCAUUUCAGCUCACGAAUUGAAAAUUAAAAAGAAAAUUGGAGAAGGCUCGAGUGGAAGCGUCUACAAGGCCAAGUACAACAUGAUGGACGUUGCUGUGAAGAGUAUUGUCAGGAGUGAUGACACUCAUGAAAAUUUUGAAAAAGAAGUUAUGCUCCUUGUGCAACUCAGACAUCCUAAUAUUAUCAGUUUUUACGGUAUUUGCAUUUCUGAAAGCCAAAUGUGUAUGGUCGUCGAGUUGGGCCAAAAUGGAAGUUUGGAAGAAAUGAUUAAGGAAAUGAAAAAAGGAAAGAUGAAAAUGACAUUUAAAGAAAAAUUGAAAAUAUUAAUUGGAAUAUCGAAUGGAAUGAAAUAUCUCCAUAGUAUUCAACCCAAAUGCUUGAUUCACAGAGAUUUGAAGCCAGGAAAUAUCAUUCUUGAUCAUUCAAAUACUCCCAAAGUUUGUGAUUUUGGUCUAAGUCGUGCUGUUUCCAUUACCACCCAGACGAACUCUCUCACAGCCAACAUUGGUACGUUAAUAUACAUGAGUCCUGAAUUAAUUCUCGAAGACGACAGCUCUGAAGAAAGAAGUAACAACAAUUUACUGUUACUACGAGAAAACGCCACGAAAAUAGACGUCUAUUCAUUUGCUAUCAUCAUGUACGAAUUAUUAUUUGAGGAGACACCAUACUGGAACGAGAAUUGUGAAAAGCUAAAUUAUUUUAAUCAUCACAACAAUGGUACGAGUUCAGAAAAGAAAAUCAAAAUGUUCAACUUGCUGUAUCACGUUGCAAAUAAUGAGAAAAGACCAUUGAUUCCAUUUUCCAAUGUGGAUGAAAUGUGUAUUUGGUGUGAAAAAUUCAUGACCAACGAUGACGCAACCAAUGAAGAUUUCUUAAUUGGAUUUGACAUGUAUAUCAAAUUGAUGAAGCAGUGUUGGUCAACGAAUCCCAGAGAAAGACCUUCUUUUGAAAGAAUUCUUCUCAAAUUGACUGACAUUUUCAACAUGGAUCUUUGA